AUGCCUUACAAAGUCGAGGGGGGCUUGAUGGCCGAGAGGCCUCACGACGACCUGCCUUGGGCAAUUGGGUACUCCGGACUAUGCGCUGCAACCUCGAUCCAGUCAAACUGCAACGACAGCAUCAUCACGUGCGAGAAGCUGAGGCCGUUGGACUUGACAUCGGCCUCUGCGGCACUCAUCAGCCGCAGAAGCCUCGACGGACUGACCGGCAGCGCUCCACCUGGCCAGGCACCAUUGGCAUCCCCAUGGGUUCUUGGGCAGACGACAGAGGCGAAAGGCGCUUCGCAGGAUCAUUGGUAG